CAUAAGCGGAGCGGUCCUCACACAUCACGCACGACGUUAGGAGUUCCCCCGCUUUCACCGUGAAAACGCCCCUCUACUCUCCUCCUAGCCCUUCCCGACCGUAAGCCAUCCCUGCCGGCUUGUGCCUGUCUGUUGUCCCAGCCUGCAGGGCUACAUCUCCCGUGGCAGAGUGAGGGGCUUGCUCUGGGGCGGUGGCGGCGUCCGUCUUCCAGGUUCCUGCAACCUCAAUGAUCAGAAUCCGGACUGAAGCCUGACACCCGGACCUGACAGGACAGGACUGCAAUCCAUUUCUAUGACAACAGAGACGGCUUUGGCUGGGGAGAUGAAGAGCGCAAUGGAGGGUGACGCCAGGAGGACCAAUCAGGUUCCUGAGGACCAUGGGGAUAUGGAUGAUAGCUCAGAGAAGACCCCCAGCAAAGCCUCCAAAUCCCCCCAGAAAAGCACCAAGCGGCCCAAGACUGUCCCUGUCAAAGUCACUCUACUCGACGGCUCAGACUAUGAGACUGCAGUUGAGAAAUUUGCCAAGGGCCAGACCCUGCUGGACAUGGUGUGUGGCCAUCUGAACCUGCUGGAAAGGGACUACUUUGGCUUGACUUUCCAGGACACGGACAACUCCAAGAAUUGGUUGGAUCCCUCCAAAGAGAUUAAGAAGCAAAUUCGGGUUGGUUCCUGGAUUUUGGGAUUUUCUGUCAAGUUCUACCCCCCAGACCCAUCUGUGCUCAUUGAAGACAUCACCAGGUACUACCUGUGCCUGCAGUUGAGGGACGACAUCCUGUCCGGUCGUCUGCCCUGCUCGUUCGUCACCCACGCUCUUUUGGGCUCCUACACUGUCCAGGCUGAACUGGGAGACUAUGAGCCGGAGGAACAUGGCCCCGACUAUGUUAACGACUUCCGCUUUGCCCCCAAUCAGACACGUGAACUGGAGGAGAGAGUGAUGGAGCUUCACCGUAACUACAGGGGAAUGACUCCGGCGGAUGCAGAGGUGAACUUUCUAGAAAAUGCCAAGAAGCUGUCGAUGUACGGGGUGGACCUGCAUCACGCUAAGGAUUCAGAAGGAAUUGACAUAAUGCUCGGAGUGAGCGCCAAUGGCCUGCUCAUCUACCGAGACCGCCUCAGGAUAAACCGGUUUGCCUGGCCAAAAAUCCUCAAGAUCUCCUACAAAAGAAGCAACUUCUACAUCAAGAUCCGCCCCGGAGAGUAUGAACAGUUUGAGAGCACCAUAGGCUUCAAGCUGCCCAACCAUCGGGCCUCAAAGCGAUUGUGGAAGGUCUGCAUUGAGCACCACACCUUCUUCAGGUUGGUUUCUCCAGAGCCGCCUCCCAAGGGCUUCCUGGUGAUUGGCUCCAAGUUCCGCUACAGCGGGCGAACCCAGGCCCAGACCAGACAGGCCAGCGCUCUGAUUGACAGGCCUGCCCCACAGUUCGAUCGCUCCGUUAGCAAGAGAUACCUGCUGCCUCGAAGCAUUGAUGGAGCCUCAGCUCUGGGUGAUAGCAUGGACCAGCUGUCCCAGCGAAGCUCCAGUGAACGCACACAGUUCAUGUCCAGAGAAGACCUGGACCAAGAGGGCAGCCUGGAUCUGGAACAUGAUCAUUACCACUAUCACGACCAAGACCAGGACCAGUACACAGAUCAGGAGCUGGAGCAGUAUGAAGGCCAAGAUCAGAGGCAGACGCGGGGCGACCACUUCUCCACACCCACCAAGAAUUAUGAGCUCAAGAGUGAGGAGGCAGGCUCGCCUGUAGACUCAAAGCCAGAGGAUCUGGCCAUCCCUCGGCCCAAACAGGAGCAGUUCUUGGACAAGCCAGAGGAUGUUCUACAAAAGCACCAGGCCAGCAUCAAUGAGCUGAAGAGGGCUUUGAGGCAGCCGAACAGCAAGAUGGCCCAGAGAGAGAAACGCCUCUCCUCAGCUACUCCCCCCGGAGGAACCCCUGAACGGAAAUCAGAGACACCUCCCACACCUGCUAUUCAUGAGGAGGCUCUCAGCGAAGCAUCAAGGGAACCAUGGGAAAGGCGUCUGGGCUCUGUAUCAGAGGAUGACCAGGACCACGAGAUCCUGUACCUGAAGGAGACCCACCUUGGCAUCGAGCGCAAAUGCUCCAGCAUCACUGUCAGCUCUACUUCCAGCCUGGAGGCCGAAGUAGACUUCACCGUCCUCACAGACCUGCAGACAGGCAUGGAGGAGUUCUCCAGGGGCAUGUCAGAGCUGGGGGAAAGGGAUCUGUCACCUGAUGUGGGUCUGUGCCUGGGUAUUGACUUACUUCAGCAGCAGGGCCCUUCUGAACCAUCUCCUCCGUUAGUAUCAGCUCCUCUGUCCAGAGGAGCCAGCAGCAGCCCGCCGGCCAAACAUAUCCCGGCUGAAGAAGUCCGAGCAGAGGUCAAACGGCCCGACGUUCAGCCUGUAGUUCCCAAAAAACCAAAGAGGUCAGUGCCGGUGUCAUCGUCAGUGGACAGAGAGCAGUCGUACAGAGAAGCGGGUCGCGGCCCUGCCGUCCCACCGCUGAGCAGGGAGGCCAGUGAUGUCAUGCCCACGCCGACAGUGAGGAAGACAGACGUCCGGACGGAGACUCAGCCCAACGGGUCGGAGGUCACCACAACCAUCGUGGAGUUCACAGAUCAGGAUCACGGUGUCACUGGCCUCAGUGAAGUUUCUUACUCUACGAGACAGAGUGUUUCCCCUGUGCACAUGGGCAGCCUUGGAAGAGAGACAUCAGGGUCGCCCAUCCUGGUCACUGAAAACGUUACCUCGGCAACCACUCAUGUCACCAAGACGGUGAAAGGAGGAUAUUCAGAGACCAGGAUCGAGAAGAGGAUCAUAAUCACAGGAGACGAUGAUGUAGACCAGGAACAGGCUCUGGCUAUAGCAAUACAGGAAGCCAAGCAGCAGCAUCCAGACAUGCAGGUGACCAAGGCAGUCGUUGUCAGGGAAACAGAAUCGUCCACUGAGGACCGACACGGUGUAUCAGAGUCCUGAUUUGCUGAGACGAGAGUGCCCCCCUUUGGACCAGAUGUGUCAGUGCCCGACCUGAAAUACCCACCCACCAUCCCUACUGAUAGACUACUGCCAGUGGUGCUCAAAUGGAGGCUCUUGUACAUGUUCACACACACACAUACACACACACACACAGACACACACACACAAAGCUGAACCAGGACUCCUUUCCAAUCCUUCUGUUUUGUUUUUAUUCAAGCAUUUCACUGUUGAAAUCGUUCACUUUUAGUGGAGCAGUUUGGCGGUGAUGUUGCAAAAAAAAAAAAAAGAAGAAAAGUAAACAUUAUUCAUGGUCUUUGAUCGCUUGACAUUUAUGCCACCAAAAUAAUUCCAAACGUCUGGAACAAUUAAAGAGAUAAUCCAACUAAAUUCCCUGCAAAGCUCUCAGGGCCUCUAUAUUCCAACCACUUGCUUCAGUACUCCUCAAAGGUCAAAGGGAAUUAGCGUAGAAGGGGCUUGUUUAGAUAAUCUGUGCACUCAUUCACACUGUGGAAUAAUCUAAGGUCACGUGUCAUAUCGGUCCCAUCCCAAGCAGAAAGUAUCAUUUGGAAAAUUAGGAAUAUGUGAAAAAAAAAAUGGCCAUGAAAAGUGUCUUUUACAUGUCUGUCAUGCUGUACUUAAUAAUAGGAAAUCAUCAGACUCCUACUGUGUGUGCUGAAAAAAAAAAACUACUGCGUGUGCUAACAGUUUCUUAAUAAGUCAAAGAAUCCAUUACAUGUAGCUCCAGUACUGUUGAAGCAUCUAGUGAAGCAGGGUUUAGUGAGAGCAGAAGAAAUUCAAUGUUCAUUUUUCCCUCCUGCGUCGCCUGUCAAAUGAACAAAUGAGCGCCGUCCCACGUCCAUUACACUGACUGAUGAGGAUGCACUGAUUAGCCAGGCUCAUGCUGUGCCCAUAGGGUCCUCUGUUGGUGUUUGUUCAAGUUUUUGUUAAGGAAUAAAGUUGGAGCUAGUCUGAUCCCCACACCCCCCUUUAUCUGUCUCACUUGUAAGACUUUACUGUAAAAUGUAUUUCUCCACGAGGUGUGCAAGGGCUCAAGGUUCAAGCUGCUGCAUCGUGCUGGACUUUGAUUGGACGUUUUGAGAGUUUCUGCAUAUGUCUCUGGACAGUAGCAGCUGUUAAUACACACAGUGUACCUGUUGUAUUUAUUCAAAUGGUGGCAAUGUAGUUUCUGAGCAUGCUGAUGUUCCAGGGUGAGCCCGGUUUCUCUCCUUCCCCAGCCUUUAGACGUGCUUUGAGAAUUCAGCAGGAUAGAUACCACUAUGGCCAUUUUGUGUAGUAAGUACAUAGAGUAGACUCACACCCUUCUUCAAGUCGCAGAACGGGCUGCUGCAUCACUAAAACUAGUAUUUGAGAUAAUAUUUGCAUGAUCAUUUCUUGCAUUAUUGGAUUGUAAUUGAGUAAUAUGGAUAUGGACUCAUAAGAAGGACGGAUCGCGAUAUCCAGGAUCAUGAAGGAAACACAGUGGUAAAUCACAAAAGAUGUAAAAGGCCGAAGUAUUCUCAAUCCGAAGUCAGAUCUGAGCUCUGACAUGUAAGAAAGGAAAUGAAGCUUCCUGACAGGAAAUGAAGAGUAUUCAUCAUAGAAAGUGGGAAAUAUCAAGCACACAACGCGCUCGGUUGUUUGUUAAUCGCCACAUCCAGCGACGGCACAGUGGCGACAGUUCGUUCGAUCAGUUACAACCUUUUUUAACUCGUUCCCAGCCACCGGUGCUGUUUCAUAUACUUUUACCAAUCAGUUUGCUUUUAACUAAAUUUCCCCAUGAAGGAAUGUAAAGUAGGCUAUAUAUUUUCAGUUGUGGUGACGGAUGUUUUUCAUAGCUGGUUAUUCUACAACAAAUUUUCUUCAUGGUUUAAGAUUCUCUGCUGAAAUGGUGUCAUGCAUCAGAGCCCUUCCAAUACUCUUUCAAACUAAGUGCAGUGUUAGAAAUAAAUUAAAAUAAACAGUAGGGGCAUCAUCUUUGAACUUUUAGUUGUGUGUGAUUUGGUACAUGAAUGUUAGAGGGAUGCCAUAGACAUGUAAUGUGCCAAGUAAGGUAGCAGUCAAAUUGUACAAACUCUGAUUUUGUAUGAAAUAACUUUAUAUGAACAAGCUACUUUUAAUUACACAAGUGCCAGAAAGUCAAACGCAUAAACUUGACAUGGCAAAGUUUUCCUUUAACUAUGGAGUCUUUAAUAUUACCUCUGUGCAAAAGGCAUUUUUUUAUACAAAAGUCAUGUACUUCAGUAAAUCAGUACAUGCAGCAGCAAAAUCAUUCAACUGAGAAAAGACGAUGUUAAAAACUGUCAUGUCAGGUUUAUGAAAGUAUUACUGAGGUGUAAAUUUGGCUUUCAGACACUAAACUUUACAGUUAAUAUUUCACAUGUGCAGUGUAACUCCUGUUGUGUUUCAUAUUUUGGUUCCAAAUCCUUUAAAGUGAUGGUGAUCUCAUGGAUAUGGGUGUCAAACUGGAAGGUGCAAAAAAAAAAAAAAAAAAAAGACAAAAAAUAAUAGAAAAAAAAAGAAAUCAAUGCAGCCAUGCAUAAUACCUUGUACUGUAUUUUUGGUGGCGUUUGGUGGAUUGUGAAGAUGUCAAGUAGUUAAUGGCCAUGGGUUCCAUGUACACUAGGGGGCACCAGUUACCUAAAAGAAGAGAGCUUUGCAACAACAUUAAGCAUUACCCAGCUGAAAUCCUUCUCACUAUCGUUCACUAGAGGCAAAAUUAUCCAAAUCAUCCUUGGAUCAACCUGGAAGGUCAAACUUACCUCCCUGCUCAAGGAAAUCUGACAAGUAAUAACCAGACUGUGAUAAAUGGCAGCCACUUGGCUGUAGCUGAGACACUUGGUGCCAAAGUCUGAUUGGACGACCUCUGGCUGACCCUUAAACCUAGCUCACUCCUCUCUGUACAGAGCCCUCCUCCUGCUCCUCCUCCUCCUCCACAGCAGCUUCAUCUCCUCUGCUCUGCUGCUCUCCAUUGCUCGGUGCUGUGUCUUUGCUGUACAUUGUAUUUGCGUUCCUUCGAAAAGAAUAAAGAGGAGAGAAAAAAAAAAAAAAGAAGCAAAAGAUGAGAGGAGAAUCUCUCUGUUUGAUCUCUA